AUGCAGGAUAUACCAUCGUUAGGUUCUCAAGAGACGGAAAGUGCGUGUCCUCGUAUUCGGAAACCUCCACUCUCCCUUUUAACGUUGUGGCCGAUCAGACAAAUCUAUACCGCGGGCUACGAUGAGGUCGUUCGAGUAUGGGACGCGUCGAAAGGGUCCUCGCAAGAGCCAAAAGUCAUUCAGGAUGCUGAUGGACCCGUUACUAGCGUGGACUGCACCACUAAUUCUUGGCUCUCAGCAAGUCAAGAUGGACUUGUUCGAAAAUAUAGUGUGAAGACGGAUGAUAAAGAGGAUGACAUAUAUAAUGCUAAUGGUGCCUCGAUUCGUUGUAUUGCGGUUAGUCCUGAUGGAGAACAUUUUGCCGUCGCGUCAGAGGAACUAUUUGUAAAAGUGAUCUCGAUCUCUGAGGUUGGCAGCGUAACUGUCCUUGGAGACCACAAACGAGGUGUGAGGGCGGUCACUUGGUCUCCAGACGGAAACAACAUUACGACUACUGCGCAAGAUGGUGGCAUUUAUGUAUGGGCCCAAUCUUCUCCUGGCCAAUGGAGUCUGUCUUCCACCCUCACUGGGAUAGUACCCGCCGUCCACGAUGAUGGAGCCCUUGAAUUCAAUCAUAAUUCUGCCGCUAUCUGGCACCCUAACGGACGCUAUUUCGUGGUGCCUAACAAUAGUCAUGAUAUCGCGGUUGUCUCUGCGGAGAUCUGGGAAUCCAUGGGUCAUUUUGAGGCGGGGAAAAUACUUGAUUGUGCUGUCACAUCUCUUGCCUUCUCUCCAGAUGGGAAACACCUAGCGUCAGGUGCCGCUGACGGCCAAGUUCUUAUCUGGGAUACUGCCACGCGGAAGGUGGUCAGCCGUACUCAAACGAAAGAUAGAUCCCCGAUAACGAGUAUCACCUUCUCACCGUCUGACGAUGCCCUUGCAUGGACUGAUAUCGAUGGCAUGCUUACUCGUUGGAACAACGUGAUUUCAACUUCAAGCCCCGGUCCCAGGGCAGCGACGUCCGGCGCACGAAGCAAAGCCCCCUCGAAGUCUGAAGGUGAUGGUGUUGACCUCUUUGACGAUAUUGGGGAAGAUAUUGCCGACGAUGCAGAUAUGAACGUGGAUGAAGAAUACAAGGAUGAUUGGAUUAUUGACGACAAUGCUGGGAUAAAUUAUAAAGAAUCGGGGCCUUCAAGACCCAGUCACAGUGGUCUGCGUGAAAUGGUGAGCGUGACAAAGGCUCAGCCAGCGUUUCAGCCUGGGUCCACGCCUUUCCGAAACAAGAAACGCUACCUAGCGUUCAACAUGCUUGGGGUGAUUGAGGCGACUGAUCAAGACACACAUCACGUUAUUAACGUCGAAUUCCACGAUAAGUCCUCACACCGAGGGUACCACUUCCAAGACCAUUUUAGAUACCAUCUGGCCUCGUUAGGACCCCGAGGGGCGCUGUACGCUUGCGCUCCCGAAGGGUCCAAUCCUGCUCAAGUACACUAUCGCCCCUAUGAAACGUGGGCAAGUGCUCCGGAUUGGCAAAUGGCUCUGCCAGAUGGCGAAGUUCCUGUUUCAGUAUGCGCAGGAGGAACCCCCCUAUAUAGAAAGUCGGAAGACGAGAGUCAGGACGAGUUGGGUAGAGGGCCGAAAGAUGCUGGUGGCGCAGGUUAUGCAGUCAUUGCUACAUCUUCUGGUCUUAUCCGGUUCUGGCUUGGGACGGGUAUUCAGACUUAUCUGUGGCACUUGGGCGGCGAGAUUGUAGCCAUGGAGGCAGGCGCCGAAUGGGUGUUCGUGAUCCACAGAGAUGGUGGCACGAGUCUGGAUGGUUGUCAGAAUUUGAACUACACGUUGAUGUCGUUGGACUCGUUCGAUAUUAUUAACUCUGGGCCAGUGCCUCUUGGUAAAGGGGUAACUCUCAAAUGGAUUGGCAUUACAUCUGAGGGAGCUCCGGUAAUAUUCGACUCGAAGGGAGUAUUGUCCAUCUUGGACAGGUUCAGACGGCCGACUCAGGGCCGAUGGGUUAUUGCUCUUGACACCAACCUCGGACGUAGAGAGGGAAAAGAUGAAUCAUACUGGCCUGUUGGGCUUUCCUUCACGGAAUUCAUGUGUAUUGUUCUAAAAGGGCGACAAGAACAUCCUGAUUUCCCUAGACCACUAGUGCAAGAGCUGGAGGUUCGAAUGCCUCUACUAAACGUCGGCACCCCUCAAGGCCAGUUUGAAGAGAGGGUGCUCCGGGAGAACAUCUACAUUUCCAUGCAACGUGACGCCCUCCCACCAUCUGAAUCAACAACGGACGAGAUUGAACAACAGGCCCUGUCACUUGACAAGAUUAUUUUGCAGUUACUUCAGGCUGCGUGUAAAGCCGACAAGCUUGAACGUGCCUUGGACUACACGUCAAUGCUACGCAAUCCGGCUUCCUUCGCUGCAGCUCAAAAGAUUGCCGAGUUCUACCAUCUUCCUGGACUGAGGGAGAAAAUAGCCAAACUUGAAGAGUUUCGGGAAGAGAACGAGGAGGAUGACGAACGUGACGUCAGGAGUGGAUGGGGGCGUAUUCACGAGCCAGUUCCUCGGGCAGGCGUUGCUCAGUUCGAUAAUAUUGCAAGGCACAACCAUGCUAAUGGAGAUGUUGGACGUUUAAGUGACAACUUUGCCCCAGUGCCGGUUGUGCCGCGUCGGUCUUUGGCAGCUGCAUCAUCAGCUAUGCCUGAGCCGUCGUCGAUUAGUCUCUCAAUGCCAUCCAGUCCUCCACUUUCCACAACAGGUAAUUAUUAUGCAGACGAUUCCUUGGACUCAUACAUGGAAACUUCCGGAAAGCGAAAGCGGGACGAGGACAGCCAAUCGACCUUGAUGGACAGCCCAAAGAGAAGGACGUCGCCGUUAUCACGAAGCAGACCUCCAGUGCCCAAUAGUGAGCCCACUUUCACUCGAAGAAAGGUGGGACUUAUUAUCUCAUUCAUGCAGGUAAAAACCCGUUUGCAAGAAAAAGGGCGAUAG